GGUUGGUUUAGUUUUAGACCUGAUUAUUUGCAAUUCUUUAAUUCACCUCCAUGGCUAUUAGCUCUGCUAUGCUUUUAUGCUGUGGUAGUCAACUUAGAGCUGCUAGGCUUUCGUGGUGUUGCUGUACUACAAAUUGAAAAACGAUUCAACAUGACUUCGACAUUAGCCGGUUCAAUUAUGAGUACUGUCGAUAUUUCCAACGGACUUUGCGGUGUUAUGUUGUCAUACUAUGUUGGACAACGCCAUAAAAGUAAAUGGAUUGGCUAUGGGAUCAUCUGUCUCAGUAUUGGCUCGGUUAUAUUUAUUCUACCCCAUUUCAUAGCUGGACCAUAUUAUUACAGCGAAUUGGUGGUCAAUGCUACACGAACUACAUCGACGAUGUGUAACGUUGAUCCUUCUAAUGCUUCCAGUGCUGCCUGUGCUAGUGCUACUAGUCAGAGUACACCAUGGACCUACCCAAUGAUAUUUGUUCUAGGUCUUGUACUUUGCGGCAUUGGUUAUAGCAUUCAGUAUAGCGUAGGCUUAGCCUAUAUUGAUGAAAACGUUAGCCCUAUAAUUUCACCAGUAUAUGUCUCUAUCUUUCAUAUGGUAGCUGUAUUAGGACCAACAUUAGGCUUCGUGAUAGGUGGAGCUUUUAGCAAUAUUUAUGUUGAUUGGCCAGCUACUGCAAAUGGUAGGUUAAACCUUCAACCAAAUGAUCCCCGAUGGAUUGGUGCUUGGUGGUUAGGAUAUUUAAUUGUGGGUCUUAUUGCCUUUGUAUCUUCACUAUUCAUCUUUGCAUAUCCCUACCACUUACCUACUUAUCAAAAAAGUAAAGCGAAAAGGCUUGCUAUGACUAAAUCAGUUAAAAGAGUUGAUAAUAAGUACGGCAAACGUUGGGCUGAUUUUCCUCGUGCAUUCUAUGAAGUCAUUAGCAAUCGAAUAUUUCUAUUAGCAGUCAUGGGACUAAGCCUGGACCAAAUUCCAACAAUCGGUCUUGUCACAUUUUUACCAAAAUAUAUUCAAUCACAAAGUGGAGCAUCUUUACUUCUAUCAACAAUAUUGACCGCAGUAACCGCUGUCAUUAGUGCUGCUGUCGGACAAGUAGCGAGCGGAAUUAUCCUUAAGCGCUGGAAGAUAGUAGGCUCCAAGAUAUCUCGCUUCUGUUUCUACGCCUGUGUAGCCAACGUAAUAUCUUCCUGUAUUUUCCUGAUCUCCUGCCAUAAUCCCAACAUUGCAGGCGUUUACGUUCCUUAUCCAUCACCAUCCAAUAAUACAAGUAUAAUCCGCUCACAAGCUGUAUCUUCAAUACAACCACUGGCAACAUGCAAUGCGAAGUGCUAUUGUGAUAGCAGCUUAUUCAGUCCAGUUUGUGGCGCUAACGGAAUGACUUAUCAGUCUCCUUGUCAUGCUGGAUGUAGUUCCAUGGUUACUAUCAGCAACGCUCCUACAGGCAACUAUUCCAAAUGUAGUUGUAUUAAUCCUGAAGCUGAAAAUAUCGCCAGGAGAGGAAUUUGCACUGGUGAAAGUUGUGGAUUGAUGUAUCCAUUGCUAAUAGGAAUCAUGGUCAUGGUAGUUAGUACCUCCAUAUCAUUCUCACCCACAAUAGCAGUAAUUUUAAGGAGUAUUCCGGAAAGUCAGACUACGUUUGCAAUGGGAGUUGAAGGCCUCAUCUAUAGAAUACUAGGAGGACUGCUUGGCCCAGUAGUCUAUGGAUAUGUUAUGGACGCUUCCUGCAUAUUAUGGAAUGAGAGAUGCAAUGUAAGACAAUUUUGUUGGCGCUAUGACAACGCCAGGCUAGGGUUGUAUAUGUUUACAGCAACAAUCAUCUGCAAAGCCAUUAAAUUGGUGAUUUAUGGCUUUCUGUGGUACUUCCAU